GUGCUUUAUAUCAUUAGAGCAUUUAUUAUUGAAAAUUAAGAUUCUGUACUUCAUACUUACUACCUAUUUUUCAUGUUACUUAUUAGGGAGUAUAUAUUCAAGCCCAGGACUCUAUAGUAAAACAAUGACCCCCACUUAUGAUGCUCAUGAUGGAAGUCCCUUGUCUCCAACUUCUGCUUGGUUUGGUGACAGUGCUUUGUCAGAAGGCAAUCCCGGAAUACUCGCCGUCAGUCAGCCAAUCACAUCACCGGAAAUCUUGGCCAAAAUGUUCAAGCCUCAAGCUCUUCUUGAUAAAGCAAAAAUCAACCAAGGGUGGCUUGAUUCAUCAAGAUCUCUCAUGGAACAAGACGUGAAGGAAAAUGAGGCCUUGCUGCUCCGAUUCAAGUAUUACAGCUUUUUUGAUUUGAAUCCAAAGUAUGAUGCCAUCAGAAUCAAUCAGCUUUAUGAGCAAGCCAAAUGGGCUAUUCUCCUAGAAGAAAUUGAAUGCACAGAAGAAGAAAUGAUGAUGUUUGCAGCUUUGCAGUAUCAUAUCAAUAAGCUGUCAAUCAUGACAUCAGAGAAUCAUUUGAACAACAGUGACAAAGAAGUGGAUGAAGUUGAUGCUGCCCUUUCGGACCUGGAGAUUACUUUGGAAGGGGGUAAAACAUCAACAAUUUUGGGUGACAUCACUUCCAUUCCUGAACUUGCUGACUAUAUUAAAGUUUUCAAGCCAAAAAAGCUAACUCUAAAAGGUUACAAACAGUACUGGUGCACCUUUAAAGAUACAUCUAUUUCUUGCUAUAAGAGCAAAGAAGAAUCCAGUGGCACACCAGCUCAUCAAAUGAACCUAAGAGGUUGUGAAGUUACCCCAGAUGUAAACAUUUCAGGCCAGAAAUUUAACAUUAAACUCCUGAUUCCAGUUGCAGAAGGCAUGAAUGAAAUCUGGCUUCGUUGUGACAAUGAAAAGCAGUAUGCACACUGGAUGGCGGCAUGCAGAUUAGCCUCCAAAGGCAAGACCAUGGCAGACAGUUCUUACAACUUGGAAGUUCAAAACAUUCUUUCCUUUCUGAAGAUGCAACAUUUAAACCCAGAUCCUCAGUUAAUACCAGAGCAGAUCACAACUGAUAUAAAUCCUGAAUGUCUGGUGUCCCCUCGCUAUCUAAAAAAGUACAAGAACAAGCAGAUAACAGCAAGAAUUCUGGAAGCCCAUCAAAAUGUAGCUCAGAUGAGUCUAAUUGAAGCCAAGAUGAGAUUUAUUCAAGCUUGGCAGUCUCUGCCAGAAUUUGGCAUCACACACUUCAUUGCAAGGUUUCAAGGGGGCAAAAAAGAAGAACUUAUUGGAAUUGCAUACAACAGACUGAUUAGGAUGGAUGCCAGCACAGGAGAUGCAAUUAAAACAUGGCGUUUCAGCAACAUGAAACAGUGGAAUGUAAACUGGGAAAUAAAAAUGGUCACCGUAGAAUUUGCAGAUGAAGUACGAUUGUCCUUCAUUUGUACUGAAGUAGACUGCAAAGUGGUUCAUGAAUUCAUUGGUGGCUACAUAUUUCUCUCAACACGUGCAAAAGACCAAAAUGAGAGUUUAGAUGAAGAGAUGUUCUACAAACUUACCAGUGGUUGGGUGUGAAUAGGAAAUACUGUGUAAUGAAACUCCAUGGCCAUAUUUAACUUUAAAAGCUGUUGUUAUAUGCUGCUUAAUAAAGUAAGCUUGAAAUUUAUCAUUUUAUCAUGAAAACUUUUUGCCUUACCAAACCAGUUAAUAUGUGCACUAACAAGCACGACUAUUAAUCUGCUAUCAUGAUACAAUAAAUGGACUGUUGAAUGUGGCACACAUUCCUUAGGGCCAUGAAUUGAAAACUGAAGUAAUGGGCAAAAUCAGAAACAAAACAUCACUGAUUUAAGCUAGCCAAACUGUAAGAAAACAAGCCAUCUACUUUAAAGCUAUCCAGGGCUUAAAUUAUAUGAAGUCUAUUUAUCAUGUUUAAUGCAUGUGUUUUAAUGUGUAUUUAAUUUGACCUCAUGUUUUAAAAUACCCUGCUCGCCAUUUGAUUUUUUUUCCCCUACAUAAAUCAGGCCUGCAAAAGAUGCCUGAUAUUUAAUAAUGACCUUGAAGGAAAUGCUGUUAGUCCGUUAUGCUUGGUUUGUUUUUGUCCUUCAGUAAGCAUGUAUAUUGUCUUGUGUUUUUAUUUUUACACCAUAUUGUAUUACAACACUUUUAGCAUUCACCAGCAUAUUCACUGCCUAAAAUAUGCAACUUUUGCAUUACAAUAUGAAAUAAAGGUCUAUGAAGUAUGCAUUUUUGUGUAACUAAUGUACAAACACAAAUUUUAUAAAAUUGUACAGUUUUUUUUAAAAACUACUCACAACUAGCAAAUGGCUUAGAUAAUAGCAUCUUUGCAUUAAUUAAGUGCUUUUAAAAGAUAUAAAUAUCAGUCUGGUAGCAAUUAAUUAUAUGCAAUUUUAAUAUCUGCUAAAUUAAGAAUGACUUCAUUAUAGUCAUGAUUUGCCACAACGUCCUUAACUCUAAUGCCUGGACUGGCCGUGUUCUAGUCUGUUGCGCUAUUACGAUCUGCAUUGGUGCUAGUCAGAAAAUUCCUAGCUCACAUAGCCCAAAAGGGUGCCAGGGAGAGGUGGAUUACCAGUAUUGUCCAAUAAUCCAUGGUUUAAAGACUGUAUAAAUGCAUUUUAUUUUAAAUAAAAGCGAAACCUUUUAUUUAAUA